CGCCCCCACGACACCGCCUCCGGCCACGUGAGCGCCACCGCCUCCCACGGGAAGCAGCGGCGAAGCGGCCCAACGGUGGUUGCGUGAGAUGCUGCCAAGUGCUGGUGUCUAUUACUUCCCGUGGGAGAUCAACAGCUCAGUCCCAGACGGGGAGGUGCUGAGGACGUUUGGCAGGUUAUGCUGCUAUGACUUGGUCCGGUCCGAAGCCAUUCUCACCACUCAGCACAGCUCAGCUCAGUACCGGGUCUGUGUCGACACCACGUUUGUGGAGCCGUUCCAAGCCCAGCUGGGAUCUCGCUACAUGGUCCUGGGAGAGGCUGAACACAGGGAAGGUGAGGGUCCAGUGGUAAAGGCGCGAAUAUUGACCUGCGUGGAAGGGAUGAAUGUGUCCUUGCUGGAACAAGCCAUACAGGAGCAGAGGAAAUACUUCAACGAGAGGCAGGAGCGGAUGGGAAACAGCACAUCCUGACAGCAGCUCUGAGACCAGCCAUACGCUGGUCCUUGCACUGCCGUUUGCAACAAACAUGUUAGAAGUAAAUUUAACGGGUGGUUUUGCAAUGUACUGGGUUUUGCCAUCGCAAAUAACAAAGUCAAGUUACUAAGCAGGGAAA